AUGUUUCAUAAUAUAUGUCUAUUUUUUAUCUACUUUCCUACAACAAUCGCAAUAUCUGUUUUAUUGCAUCAGCCAUUUCCAGUAGUAAUCGAUUAUCCAUUUAAUGUAUCUUAUCAACCGGUAAAAACAAUAAUUUUUAUACAUCAAUCUAUGAUGGCAAUAAUGAUAGCAGGACAAUUAUGCAUGAAUAUUUUGAUGGCUCUAUUAUUGUGGUUUACAUCGGCAAGAUUUGAAGUUCUGAUUGAAGAGCUGAGAAAGAUUACAAAUGUCUAUCAACUUUUCAAAUGUAUUAAAGAACAUCAAGAAUUACUCAAAUACGCGAGGGAAGUUGCGAUCGCUGCUCGUCCUUUCGCGUUUUCAACUAUAUGUUGCAGCACGGUUUGCUUAAUAUUAAUCUUUCUUUUGCGUGAAUCUACAGCGGCGAUAAUCCAGUUUGCCGGAAUAGGUAUAAUAGGUGUAUUAGAAGUAUUUACGUAUACUUGGCCAGCCGAACAUUUAAUGCACAUGAACAAAAAUGUUGCAGAAGCAACGUUUAAUAUGCUCGAAAACGAUCAUUUAAUUAAAAUAUGGAAAUGUCUGCAAAUUAUUAUAAUGAGAAGUCAAAAACCAAUAACAAUUUCAAUACUUUGCCUUCUGCCUAUAUUAUCUCUUAAUUACUUUACAUCGUAUCUUUCAACUGUACUCUCUUAUUUCACAACACUGCGAGUAAUAAUAGAAAAUUAA